UGUACUCGUGAUGUACUACCAAUACUACUCACCGAUUGCCAUGCACAACCGGUUUGCUCGUUGAUGGUGAACUCUGAGAAGCUUGGCAGUCCGUGCCCCAAGGACGUGCCGUCUUAUCUCAACAUUCUCUUUAUGUGUGUGAAUGAGGAAAUAUUCAGCGAGGACGCGAUAAAAGGCGAUUUUGAGACGUUGCAUAAGUUUGUCAAAGAAAUGCAAGAGGCAACUACACUACCUGCACCAAGCCUGGACGAGAGAUGGGAGAAGCUGAGCGAGAAAUACACUGAAACUGAACCGACUGUGCUGUUAGGCACCAUGUCACCAACGCGACCUGAUCAGAUGUUCAGUAAUGACGCUGGUUAUGUCACUGAAGAUCGCUACAGUCUUAAAGAGGACGGUAUAGCUGACAAACAGUUGAGUAUGGGCAAUGAACCCGAUGACAGUAGCCAACCAAUGGAGGCGAAUUUUAUCGGUAUCACGCAUGACAUCAUGCUUGCCAUCACUUUUGUCAAGCAGAACAAGGAGAAGGCGCUGAUCUGUGCAGCACUAUCGGUGUCUUUGGCGCUGAUUCUACUGCUUAUCGCCUGUAUUCUCCAUCAAUUCUGCACAGCCCGAAGGCGUAAGGACAAGCGUGUACCGUAUUCCAUCGAACGCAGUCAACUCAUCGCGAAAAGUAAUCCAAUUCUGGAUGGUCCCCCGUCACUAAUGGAAAUGGGCGAUUUUGAGUCGGAAACAUUCCUCCGCUAUUCACUAUCGACACCACCUCGAUCGUCCCAUUAUGACUUCUAG